UGCUGGGCUUACACUGCUCUCACCAAACACUCUGUGACUCUUUACCUUUGAAGAGCAAGAAGAUGGCCACCAAAACACCAUCUCAGAUGGAGCGCAGCAUAGCCACCAUUAUCAACACCUUCCAUCAGCACUCGAGGAAGGGAGGAAACGAUGACACCCUGAGCAAGAAGGAAUUCAAAGACAUGGUGACAAUGGACUUGGCAAACUUUCUGAAGAAGGAGAAAAGAGAUGACAAACUCAUAAAUGACAUCUUUGAGGACCUGGACACAAACCAAGACAAUCAGCUGAGCUUUGAGGAGUCUAUGAUGCUGAUGGCAAAGCUGGUCUUUGCCUGUCAUGAGAAGCUGCAUGAGAACAACCCACGUGGGCACGACCACAGCCAUGGCAAAGGCUGUGGGAAGUAACUAAGAGGUCAGCCAUGUGACAUCUGCCCAACCAAGCCUAAAAGGAAUGGCUUGUGUUGUGGAGCUGGGAGAUGAUAAAAAUAAAUAAAUAAAGUCUUUAUCCAUUCCAA